UCAUGGCAAAAUAAUUUAAGCAUACGAAGCCUAAGUACUACUAUAUUAAGUAAUUCAUUAAAUAAACCACUAUUAAAAACAGUAUUGUGUCCUCCUGUAUUAUGUAGAACAGUUACCAAAUUCUCUUUAAGAUCAGGGAAGAGAAAAUCUGUUAAAACUGUUUUAAAGAGAUUUUAUAGAUUAAAUUGGGGAAUAUGGAUCCGUACUAUAGCUGGUCGUCAUAAACAUCUAUGGAGAAAAAGUAAAGAUCGUAGAAUAAGGUCUAAACAACAUGUUUUUAUUAAUUCAACUCAGUCUUGGAUGUUAGAUAGAAUGGUCACUAAAUUUUGGAAACGACAAAAAUAUUAUAUUGAUGAUCCAUACACACCUUAUCAUACACGAGAAGAAUUUCUGUUUACUCAAAGAAAAUGUAGAACUUUAAUUAAGCAAUAAUUAGAAAAUAUUUUCUCAUAAAGCUAUAUUCAUAUUAUAAUAAA